GGUUAGUAUGCACGGGAGCGAGGGGGGGGCGAGAGAGGGCUCCGUGAGGGGGGGCUUGCCGAGGGAAGGAUCGCUGCGGGGGGGCUUGUUACGUGAGGGUUCCGUCAGAGACGGGUCGUUGGAAGGGUCCAUACGAGAUGGGUCCGUGAGGGACGGGUCCAUACGAGAUGGGUCGGGGAGCGGGAGCGACGUGCCGAUCCUGCAGCGUAUGCAGGCGUUCCGGGAGAAGCAGAAACCGGGGGGGCCGUCGCAGCAGCAAAACGCCCCCCCCCCCGACACGGCCGCGGCUGAUCCUGCCGGGGCCGGCGUCCCCCCCUGGGGGAGGAACGGCGGCGCGUGCAGUCGGUUUCGGACCGGAACAUCAGUCUGGCGACGCUCCAACAAUACUUCGCGGGGAGUUUGAAAGACGCGGCGAAGGCGAUCGGCGUGUGCCCGACGACGCUGAAGCGGAUCUGCCGGCAGCACGGGAUUAGCCGCUGGCCCAGUCGCAAAAUCAACAAAGUCUCGCGCAGCAUUCGGAAGCUCCAGGGGGUGAUCGAUUCCGUACAGGGGCCGUACAAUUUCCACGCGUUCGGGGGGGCAGAUUUGGCAGCGUUGGCGCAGGUGCCCGGAGCGAUUCCGAGCAUGAUGCAGAGUUCUGCAAAUGGGGGGUUGGGGCCGGGGCCUAUGAGUGGGGGAAUGGGACCCCCCCGCUCGACGGGAUGGGGGCCGCCUCCCCCCGUGCACAGCGGAUUGGGGCAGAACCAUUUGCCAAGACAGAACAGUUUCGGGUCGACGGGAGGCAGCGGCAGCGGCGUCGUCGGAUCCAAGCGCCACCUCGAGUCCGAGUCGGGCCUCUUGAAACGCAGCAGCUCGUUUGCGGGGACCCCUGCGUUGCAUGUGCCGGGGCAUGCGGCCGGGGACGAGGGAAGCGUGCAUCGGGGCAGUCAGGGCAAGGCUGAAGCGCCCAAGCCGUUCGAACCACGUGGCCCCGCCCCCGGAAGUCCCCCCUCGGGCCCCGUUGAGACUAUGGUCACGACUUUCGCACCCCAGCAACAUUUCCAACCAAUGCACCGAUGGGGCCCCGGGCCGUCCCUCGUCUCCCAACCCCAAUACCACUCCAUGAGCAACCUGGAAUCAGCGGGGAUGCGCCGGGAAUGGCAGCCGCCGCCGCCGCAAAUGGGCAUUUUCCAGCACCAGGGAGGGGACAUGUACAUGCAGCAAUUCCACGAGGGGGGGCUGAAACAGCUGAAGGAGAACCCCCGGGUUCAGGAGGAGGCGACGGUUCACAGCGGGGCGAAGCGCGUCCAUAAGAUCAGCAGCGAAAACGUGCACCUAUAUGCGAGCCAGAUCGGGAAGGGAUCCCCCCAAGGGGGGGGGAGUGGGAAGGAGUCCGGCGGGGGGGGGAGCAAACCGCAGGCGAGCAAGGGGGGGUCUGGGAGCCAGGCGGUGGAACGGGGAGGGGUGUCGGGAAGUCAGCAGAGCGGCAAGAGGAAGGAAAUGGAGACGGGGCUUACGGUUAAGGCGACUCUGGGACAGGACACUGCCCGGUUCAAGUCGAACCCCGAAAUGGGUUGGGCGGACGACGUCGUUGCUGAAGACACUGCCCGGUUCAAGUUAAACCCCGAUAUGGGUUGGGCGGACGUCGUUGCGGAAGUGGCGAAGCGGCUGAAUGUGGAGCCUACAUCGGUCAAGCUCAAGUAUCUGGACGAUGAACAAGAGUGGAUGCUUCUCUCCACCGACCAGGAUCUCGCCGAGUGCAUCGACAUUGUGAGGUCGACGGGGGGGUCGAUCAUCAAGCUGAUGGUGAGACGCGAAGAGUUUGGGCGCCAAAGCAAUAGCCAUCCUCUGGGAGCCGCAGGAAGUGACGUCAGCAUCGGAGGGGCAAGAUAACUUCCUUAGUGCGACUUCAUAUUAGAAAGACAUAUCCCUUCUAGAAGUCGGACUUAUUAGGGGCAUGGUACCUAUCAGCGUGGUUGCAAUCAAUUUGAUGCACUUUGGAUAAUGGUAACAGUCUCAUUGACGCAGAACGAGCGGUCUAUCAGAGGAAGCUUUAUGCACAUUGUCUGGACAGGCUAGGUGCAGACUCUCUAUGUUGCCUACAAAUGCCUAGCUAUCUCCCGAUAUCAACGUCGCCUUUGCAACACCUUUUGUAUUGUACAUAUGUAAAGUAACAUAAGCCUCUUCUUAGCGUAUCUUUAGCUAGGAUACGAAGCACUGACAAUUGUGAAGGUCGACAUCAAUAUAAAGGUUCUAAACACUGGGGUGCCGCUCCAAUCAAGCACAUAUUUUGAGGUCCCUUCGGUACUCGACGGCCGCCACUUCACGGGGCUUCUGCAAUUAU